GGCGCUGAGGGACGUUGCGGCGCGGCGGGGCAGCAUGAAGAAGGCGCUGCUCCUCAGCCGCUUCCUUCUGCUGCUGCCCUGGGUGCUCGUCGUCGUCAUCGUGCUGGACAUCGACAGCAGCAGGGCGCCGACGCCCGCGCCGGGACCCCGCGGCGGAGAGAGCGGCGGCGGCAGCGGCGGCGGAGGGUCCCGGCCGGCGACGGAGCGGGCGUCCUCACCGCGGCGCCCCGAGGCCGCGCUGCCCACCAUCUAUGCCAUCACGCCCACGUACAGCCGCCCGGUGCAGAAGGCCGAGCUGACCCGGCUGGCCAACACCCUCCGGCAGGUGGCGCGGCUCCACUGGAUCCUGGUGGAGGACGCGGCGACGCGCAGCGAGCUGGUGAGCCGCUUCGUGGCGGACGCCGGGCUGCCCUGCACGCACCUACACGUCCCCACGCCGCGCCGCUACAAACGGCCUGGGCUGCCCCGCGCCACCGAGCAGCGCAACGCCGCCCUGGCCUGGCUGAGGCAGCGGCACCAGCACCUGCCGGCCCCUCAGCCUGGCGUGCUCUUCUUCGCCGACGACGACAACACCUACAGCCUGGAGCUCUUCCACGAGAUGCGCACGACCCGUAAGGUGUCGGUGUGGCCUGUGGGGCUGGUCGGGGGACGGCGGUACGAGCGCCCGGUUGUGGAGAACGGCAAGGUCGUCGGGUGGUACACGGGCUGGAGAGCUGACAGGCCCUUCGCCAUCGACAUGGCCGGAUUUGCUGUGAGCCUUCAGGUGAUUCUGUCACAUCCAAAGGCCGUAUUCAAGCGUCGCGGUUCUCAGCCAGGAAUGCAAGAAUCUGAUUUUCUGAAACAGAUAACAACAGUGGAGGAACUGGAGCCAAAAGCAAACAACUGCACAAAGGUUCUCGUGUGGCACACACGAACAGAAAAAGUCAAUCUAGCUAAUGAGCCAAAAUAUCAUCUGGACACAGUCAACAUUGAGGUAUGAUCCUGAGACGAGUCACAGUACAGCGGAUGCGUUUGGAAAGUGCUCCAAUUCAGCCCCUGUAGCAGCCUACAGGUGUGAGGAUUUUUGGUCACCCGGUGGACUUCUGUGGAAACAAAAGAAAGUUGUCAGAUAUUCUGUUAGGCAAAUCAAAUGGGUGUGCUUUGUUCUAACUUGUUUGCAUGCACUUCUGAACUCAUCUUAAUAAACUGACACUUACCUUUGCUGUAAGGCUGUUUCCACAUAGUAAAAACAAUCGAUCGAUCAAUCGAAACAUGACUGCAAUGGAAUAUUGUCAAAAUCAUCAUUCAGUUUUUGUAUUUAUCCAGCUUAGUGGUAUAAUUAUAAACUGAUUUUAAAUCAUGAACUGUUGAUCUAAAUAUUUGCAUAAAUAGAUCCUCCAAAUGCUUUUCUUCAUUAAAAUCAGACUUAAAGAAAUAGCUGUCAAAUAGUUAUGCAAUAAUGAAAUAAAAACCCACAAUCAUUUACGGAUUCAUCUUUUUAAUAUAGGGAAAUAACAUUUUAUCAUUAUGAGGCACCAUAAAAUGUAAACACAAUCACUGUCAUAAACCUGGAUAUUUCUGCAAGGAAAGAUGGAUCUGUUCACACCAAGUUACCUUGUAUGCAUACCAGUUCUCAGCAUUAAUACUGCAUACUUGCCUCGUGAGCCCGCUUGGGUGCUUUAGCACAGGAAACUCAAAUGGAUCAAAUGCUCAUUUUUAAAAGAAUAGACUAUUAAUUUGUAGGACUAGAGUAACAUCCAGGUUUAUCUUCCUUUCAAUGAUCACAUUCCCUGUUAUGCACACCAUAAUAACGUCACAGUGAAAUGCAUGAUGAAACAAAAUUUGUUUGAUACACUAGAAAACAUUGCUGUGAUACAUUUACAUUCUAUUU